CUCUAACAAUCCCUUAUGGUGCUCAGCAAUCUACAUCGCAGAAGUGGACAGUCUCCAAAGCAUCCUCUUCAGGUAUCAAUGAGUCUGAUUGUCCCCAGCUGCUGUGUGUACAUGUCCCAUCGAGGGUGAGAUCUGCAUCAUGAGCACAUCACACUGCAACCUGGCACUUAUAGUCAUGUGUCUCAUCCAGGGGUCAGUCUGCCAGUGGUCUGUCUGGGUCGAUGAUGCUGUUUACGUUUGGGAAGGAGAAUCCGUGAUAUUGAAUUGUUCCUUUCAGUAUCCUGAUCCACUCCGAGACCCCUCCACUGUAACUGCCAGGUGGCUAAAGAACUCUCCCUUUCCUAAUAACCACCAGGCUGCUGAAAUAUACAACAGCAGGAACUUGGAGAGAGUCUCGCCUGAUGUGCAGCUGAUCGGAGACCUGAAUGAGAGAAACUGCACACUUCAGAUUGACAACAUCCACAAAGCUGACACUGGGAUUUACUACUUCAGAUUUGAACUGGGUCAGGGCAACAACUGGUCUGGAGAAGAUGGGAUCAGUGUCCAUGUAUAUGGUCGCCCUACGAAGCCAUAUAUAUCUGUCCCAGAAGAAGUGCUUGAAGGUGAUGAAUUGGUGACUUUGACCUGUUCCUCCACAAACAUUGACCAAAGAGGGAGAGCCACUCUGAGCUGGGAUGGUAUCUCUGAUUUGACGGAAUGGGUCCCCAGAACCGAAGAACAGUGGGCUGGAUACUCCUGGUCACUCACGAGUAAUUUUGCAUUCAUCCCAUCUUACCAGCACCACAACAGGGUCAUCAAAUGUAUGGUGAAUUACAUACCAUACCCAUACUCAGAUGAAAGCGACGUAACAUUACAAAUACGAUGCUGCCGGGAUGAAGGGAAAGAGGGAGAAAGGAGGAAAUUGGAUAUGGAGAAGACAGGGAUCAAAGGAGGAAGGAAGACAGGAAGGAGGAAGUAG